CUCUCCUCCUGAUCAGAGACAAACUGAGAGAAGCUACAGAGUGAACUGAAGCUGAACUCUUCCUCCCUCCCGUUGAGAGACAAACUGAGAGAUUUGGAACUCAGAGAACUUCUUCCACUUCAAGAGCAGAAGAAAUACACUUACAGACUACAAGUUCCAAAUGUUUUUCUGAUUAGAACUGGCUAACUUUUCAGAGGGCUGGUACCGAUAUAAUCUGAUUGUAAGUUUAGUAAUUUAAAAAAUCAAAAUGCUGGCUAAGGUGUUUGGAUAUUUUUUCCCAAAACCUGAGAUGCCUGAGUAUUCUUCCACAAAACCUGAAAUGCCUGAGUAUUCUUCCACAAAACCUGAAAUGCCUGAGUAUUCUUCCACAAAACCUGAGAUGCCUGAGUAUUCUUCCACAAAACGUAAGAUGCCUGAGUAUUCUUCCACAAAACGUAAGAUGCCUGAGUAUUCUUCCACAAAACGUAAGAUGCCUGAGUAUUCUUCCACAAAACCUGAGAUGCCUGAGUAUUCUUCCACAAAACCUGAGAUGCCUGAGUAUUCUUCCACAAAACCUGAGAUGCCUGAGUAUUCUUCCACAAAGCCUAAGAUGCCUGAGUAUUCUUCCACAAAACGUAAGAUGCCUGAGUAUUCUUCCACAAACCCUAAGCGGCUUGCUGAUGCUUUUAAAGUAAAAAGCACACUGAUAAAACCCAACAGAGGCCCUCUCCCUGUUUAUAUAGUCCCCCUGAAGGAUGAGGACAUCAAUAUAAAGGGGUGCAGAAGUUUCAGUUUAGGGAAGAAGUCCCGCCAGACUAAGCCUAAUCGCACCAUAAUGGUCCUCGGAGCAACUGGUGCCGGGAAGAGCACUCUGAUCAAUGGGAUGAUCAAUUACAUUCUAGGUGUGGAAUGGAAUGAUUCAUUUCGAUUUAAGUUAGUUGAUGAGGGUCAGGCGACAUCACAAGCUCACAGCCAGACUUCUGAAGUCACCGUGUACAAAAUCCACCAUCAGGAAGGCUUUGCAAUAGAUUGCUCACUGACCAUUGUUGACACUCCAGGUUUUGGAGAUACAAGAGGCAUAGCAAGAGACAAGGAGAUCACAGAACAGCUACGUAAUCUCUUCUCUGCCGAGCAUGGUGUCAGUGACAUUGACGCUGUGUGUUUCGUAGCUCAGGCUGCUUUAGCACGACUCACUCCAUCCCAGAAAUAUGUGUUUGAUUCAGUGCUCUCAAUCUUUGGCAAAGAUGUGGCAGAAAACAUCAGAAUUCUGGUGACAUUUGCAGACGGCCAGCAACCUCCAGUUCUAGAGGCAAUCAAAGCUUCAGGUGUCCCGUGUCCUGAAACAAAAGGUGGGCUGCCGGUUCACUUCAAAUUCAACAACUCAGCGUUGUUUGCAGACAACAAAUCACCUGCAGCAGACCAGAGUGGGGAUGAUGAAGAUGAAGGAGGCUUUGAUCAGAUGUUUUGGAACAUGGGGACAAAAAGCAUGAAGAGGUUCUUUGUUGCUUUGAAUGUCAUAGGGACCAAAAGCUUAACAAUGACAAAGGAGGUCCUCAGAGAGAGAAAGCAGCUCGAGAAUUCCAUUGAAAAUUUGCAGAAGCAGGUUAAACUUGGGUUAGCUAAACUUGAAGAGAUUAAAGAGACAGCUGAAAAACUUAAAACACAUGAGGCAGAGAUCAACAGAAAUAAGGACUUUGAGUUUGAAGUCACAGUCACAAAGCCUUUUAAAGAAGAUAUUUCUGGAACUGGAAUUUUCAUCACCAAUUGUCUGACGUGUCAUUACACCUGCCAUCCUAGUUGUGUCUAUGCAAAUGAUGAGGACAAAAAACACUGUGGUGCAAUGGGAUCAGAUGGAAACUGUACUGAGUGCCCAGGUAAAUGCCACUGGAAUAAACAUUUUAAUCAGAAGUACAGAUGGGGGUAUAAGGAAGUUAAGGAAAAAAAAACAGUGAAAGAGCUGAGAGAAAAGUACCUGAAAGCCUCAGAGGCUAAGACACCUGUUCAGGCAUUGAUUGAUCAACUGAAGGCUGAAUAUAAACGUGUGCAGGAUGAUGUGGUGGCGUUGAUGGAGAAGUCUGCUCAGUGUCUAAACAGACUUGACGAGAUAGCACUGAAGCCAAAUCCUCUCUCCACUCCAGAGUACAUUGACAUGCUCAUUGAGGGGGAGAAAGCUGAGGCCAAGUCAGGCUGGAAGCAACGAGUUGAUUACCUGAUAGCUAUGAGAGAACAAGCUGAGCUCUUGGCUAAAGUAGGCAAAGGAGAGAAUCUCCUCCGUCGUCAAUAAUCUCAUGACGUAAACUAAUUCCAUCCAGACCAAGAUGAGAGCCCGUCUGUACAUAGAAGUUAGGAAUGCACCGAUCGGCCUCUUCCAGGCCCAAUACCAAUAUACUUUACUUAUUCAUACUUAUUCUUGGGCUUUGGGUAUCGGCCGAUGUCGAGUACUGAUGAGAUACCAGCUUUUAAUUAAUAAGAUGUAUGCCUCACUAUGUGGAAGAGACAGAGAUCAUUCUUUUAUGUGUUAGAAACCAUCAGGUCCGACUUAUACAUUGCUUUAUUAACAAAUAAAUACAGAGAUAUAAAAGUACUGGAUUUUUUUUUUUUAUGCUAACGGGUACCAGACAGGGCCAUAGUUCUCAAUAGCGAUCCAGCUAUCUGAGUCAAUAUCGGACCGAUAUCCGACUCUGGCGGCCCGCGAUACUCUUGUGCUCGUGAUCAUUUUCUACACUUUUUAGUGGAUGGGCCGGCUGGCUCUCUCGAUGCACAUUUUGUCCGUAUUGGUGCACAGAGACGGCCUUUAGUUUGGCUUUAGUUUACUACAGUAUUUGAGUAAACUUUACAUUCCGCGACUGCUAGAACAAGAGACGAGCGCAAAAUAGUUUACAAGAGCACAAAGUUCUUCAUAGACCUGCCUCUUCAUUUCUUUGCUUUCAAAGUAAAUCAGAGCGAUGCAUUUAAUUUAAACUUUCUUUCGGGGGAGCAUGCCGCUGGGUCGGAGUUUCACCCCAAAGUCUCACAAAAUCCUGUUAGAAACCCAGAUUGGUCUCGGUGCAUCUCUAAUAAAUAUAACAAGAAAUGAUUG